GAGUCCAGGGGUUGUGCCAGUAACGGCUGCAGUGAUAGCAGUUGGCUCAAAAAGCUGCAGCGACGGCGGUGAUCGCCCUUGGCGCUUAGAUGUGGCCUUUGGUGGCGGCGCUGCUGCUGUGGCUAGCGGACUAUGGUUCUUUUCAGAUGCUAUUUAAAAAAAUCAAAGAUGUAACACUCACUCGAUGUAAUAAAACUGCUGUUAUCCCAUGUUUUGUUACAAAUGUGGAGGCACAAAAGUUUAGUGAAGUGUUUGUAAAAUGGAAAUAUAAUGGAAGUGUGAUUUUCUUCUAUGAUGGUUUUCUAAAUAUUUCCCGGUAUUACUUUAACUUUACAAGUGCAAAAGUUGAACUGAUGAAUUUACUCAAAGGAGAUGCCUCUUUGCACUUGGAGAAGCAUGAAGCUCUCUUGGGAAACUAUACAUGUGAAUUUUCUGAGUUAAGCAGAGAAGGGGAAACGAUUGUAGAACUGAAACAUCGCUCUGUUUUAUGGAUUUCUCAAAAUGAACGUGUGCUCUUCACUGCUUUCCCAAUUUUGUCUGUAAUUUUAUUCUGGGGACAGUUUUGUGUUGUAACAUUGAAAUAUAAAAUCAGUCUUGCGGUUUAUCUGUUACUUAUUCCUGGAAUACUACUUACCAUAUUUGUCAUUAUUGGAGUGGGCCUUGCUAUACCAGGCGAAUAUCCAAAAAGGGCAUCUUCUGGGGUUUCUCUAUUUGUAAGUUCUUCAGCGAUGCUAAUAGCAGCUCACUGCCGUGUGCUUAAAUUAGUUUGUGGGAUAACCUACAUUGCCAUUGCCAUAUUGAUAUUCCAGUUACUGGGCCUUGUGCUUGCUAUAGUUGGACUGAUUCUCUGUGCUUUAGCUUGUGUGGCAAUACAUGGGCCUCUUCUGAUUUCAGGUUUGGGUAUCAUAACUCUUGCAGAAUUAUUUGGACUAAUUUAUAUAACAUUUUGUGGUCCGUCAGUCUUACUUCAUUAGUCCAUCACAAGAUCAUAGAUAUGAUCACUCAGAAAGUAGUUGUUUCCCCACUUUAAAUUAAAAAAAAAUACAUUAUUAAUUCUA